AUGGUCAUCGCUUUCCAGCUCAACGACGGCAGCAAGAAGAAGAUCCCCGCUAUUGCAUGGGGCAAUGGAACAGGAGGUCUCAGCAAGAUGGGGCAGCAGACGGCUGAUCUUGGACGGACUGUCCUGGAGUCUGGUAUACUGCACCUCGAUACGGCUCAGGGAUACGGAACAGAGGCCGAGACUGGUCAAGCGGUCGAGCGAUCCGGUCUCAGCCGAGACGACGUGUUCAUCACUAGCAAAUACGUCAAGACAAAACCAGAGGACAUCAAGCGCUCGGUACAGACCACCAUCGACAAACUCGGCGGUCCUCCCGAUCUGCUUCUCAUCCACACUCCCUACGUGCCCGAGAAGGGCAAGAUCGGCCAGUUCUGGCAGGUCCUCGAGGGGCUCGUCCAGGACGGAACAUUGAAGGGUACCAGCCUCGGUAUCUCCAACUUCCAGCCCGAACACAUUGAGGAGGUCAUGUCUGUCGCCAAGAUCAAGCCUGCCGCGCACCAGCUCGAAUUCCACCCAUACCUCCUCGCCCAACUCCAACCCAUUCUCGACCUCAACAAGCAGCACGGCAUCAUCACCGAGGCGUACGGUCCCCUCACCCCCGUCUUGCGGCACAAGGGCGGCCCCCUCAAGCCCAUCCUGGAGAAGAUCGCCAAAAAGCACAAUGUCGACUCGGCUGCAGUCUUGCUGCGAUGGACGAUCCAGUUCGGUGUUGUCGCCGUCACAUCGUCAAAGAAUGAGGACAGGAUCAAGGGGUUCAAGGACGUGUAUGACUUUGAGCUGAGUGAGGAGGAGAUGAAGGAGAUUGAGACGGCAGGGAGGUCGGUUCACUACCGAUACUACGAUGAGCACAUGGGUGAUGGCUUCCCAACGCCCGAGCUGCCGGAUGGAGGCGAGAACGGCAAGAGGGUACCGACCCACCUCAAGAAGGACGAGUAG